AUGUCUAUAGCUAUAAGAAAAGGUGAGCUGUAUUAUAAACUAAGCUAUUCUACUGAUAGUAGUAGUGGCACUAAAGAUGUAGUGGUUCCUGCACCAACAGUCUCUAUAAAUGUUGAUAUCUUUAUCAAUAACCGAAAAAUAUCUUAUACAAGCUAUGAGCAGAUGAUAUAUAAUUUGGCCUUACGAUUUAUCCCGUUUUGGCAAAUGGGACUAUACGACGCUUCUAUAGACAUAUCUAGUGACUCAGCAUAUACGUUUACUUUGGUAUGUAAAGAUUCCUUGUUCCAUACAAAUGGGGCUGUUAUUACAACUUCUCAUUUGUCAAUAAUAAACCUCAAGCUCCAGUGUCUCUUCAAGGACCCAGUGAGUUUGGAAAAAGAUUUGGUUUCAUCGCUUAACUACCUCUUGACUUCCUGGUAUAUACACAUGGAACAAGAGUAUCCAUGCGUGGUUUCAAUCGUUGGUCGAAAAUACAUCGAGUUGAAUUUAUUCUGGUAUAGAAGAACAAAACAGAUUUUACAAAUCAAAGAGGAACACGAGAAUUUGACUUUGGUCCAGUUGGUUGAAAAUUUAAAGAAAAACUUUACUAUGUUGAAGUUACUCCUCGAUGAUAAAGCUGCAAUUUCGAUUUUGGAUGAAAAAUCGACCCGGUUUAAGGGAUACGGUGUUGUUGGCUCAUAUCCCUUACAAUUAAUUGAACCAAAUGACUAG